ACAAGAACGCACAUUCUGGAGAUAAACAUUUAUAUAAAAAAUAAGAUGUUAGAGGGAGGAGAGGAUUUAGUCACACUCAAUGGUAAUCUACAGAGACACAUAAACACACAGAUUGAUACUAUGCUUCAUAAAUGUGAGGUUUGUUUGAGAGAAUUUAGUAGAAAAAGUGACUUAAAGAAACACCUAAGAAUACACACGGGCGAAAAACCUUAUACAUGUGGAGUUUGUGGGAAAGAAAUGUCUAGAGGUAGUAGCCUAAAAAGACACAUGUAUAUACAUAUUGAAGAUAAACCUCAUGAUUGUGAUAUAUGCGGUAAAGGGUUUAGUCAUACUAGCAAUUUACGGGAUCACAUGAGAACACAUACAACCGAAAAACAUACUGUCUGUGAUGUAUGUGGUAAAGGAUUUAGUAGGCUUGGACUAUUACAGAUUCACAUGAGAACACAUACAGGGGAGAAACCUUAUGACUGUUGUGAAUGUGGAAAAGGGUUUAGUCAGCUUUCCAGUUUACACAGACAUAUGACAACACAUUCUGGUGAUAAACAUCAUGAGUGUGAUGUAUGUGGUAAAGUGUUUAGUCUCAUUGUGUAUUUACAGAGACACAUGAUAAUACACACAGAUGUGAAACCUCAUAAUUGUGAUAUAUGUGGUAAACUGUUUAGUCAGCAUGGUCAUUUACAAAGUCACAUGAGAAUACAUACAGGUGAUAAACCGUAUAACUGUGAAUUAUGUGAUAAACGGUUUAGUCAACAUGGUGUUUUACAGAAACAUAUGAGAAUCCAUAUAGGUGAUAAACCCCAUGUCUGUGAUGUAUGUGGUAAAGGAUUUAGUGAGCAAUGUAAUUUACAGAGUCACAUGAGAACACACACAGGUGAUAAACCUUAUCAAUGUGAUGAAUGUGAUAAAAGGUUUAAUCAUUCUAGUAAUUUACGACGUCACAUGAGAACACAUACAGGUGACAAACCUUAUGAGUGUGAUGUAUGUGGUAAACGGUUUAGUGAGCAUGGUAGUUUACAAAUUCACAUGCGAAUACAUUCUGGUGAUUAA